AUCUUUAUCACUGCCGUUUCUUUGUCUGAUUUGGAGGGCCCAUUUUUUCAGUACUGUUCAAAAAUUGGGAAUCACGCCUCUCUGUUUCUGAGCAUUCAUUUCCUUUUCGUCUUCCUCCCCUCGACGCUUUGCCCCGCGACACGCGCCCAAGGCGAUUUCGUCGGCACGACGGCGAUUUGGUUCGGCGAACUCGCACUUCUCGAUGUAGAGUGAUGCCGAAGGAUAAAGACUUCCUUUCUCAUGCUGAAUGUAUCGAUGGGGAUAAUGAUGAUGAUUUCAAUAUGAACUCUGAAGAAAACAUAGCUUCUUUGGAUCCACAUUUGUCAGAGGAUGAGAUUGAUGAAGGUGAACUAGUGAAGACGACUUACAUGCAUUUCAUACAGGUGCUAGCUACUGUCAUGUUUGCAUUAGACAGAGAAAUGCUACCCUAUUUACUUGUGAAGGAUCUGAUUUUGCAAUAUGCAGUGUUGGUCUCUAUACACUUUAAGGUCACUUCAAGGAAAUGGACCAACUGACAAAAUUUCAAAAGUGAUUGGCCUCAUGUAGUCUCUUGCUAUCUUGCUACAGGUAGCUUGUCAAUGAAGAAUUCUGCUUCAAGCAUGUUUAGUGGAAAGAAGCCUAUCUAAGAAGUGGUUAGUUUGGUUGGAUGCAUAUUUGAUGAGAAGAGGAAGACCAGAGUUUCAACAACUUGUUACAAAACAAAAGCAACACAAGCUCCGACAUCCGAGAGAGAUCACAUAUAUAAUUGAUUGAAAUGGAAUAAAAGAACACCAAGCCUCCUCUGCGCCAGUGUAAGUGCAGCUCGCAGCAACCAACAACCCCAAAGUCUGGCUUCCAGCUUCCUCCUUGCAGUUGCAAGUCAGAGCUUCUGAAGACGCUGGCAGGUUUCUGAAGAUGCCAUGUCUAUGUAUCCAGAGGUACCAAGCACAUAGCAGCAAGUCAGCAAGUAAGUAUUGCACCGGUAUUACGGGGAUCACAGGUCAUCAAACUUGUUCCACGAUUUUUGUCUUUCAGACUUUCUAUUUCUAGUUGAUAAAUACAGUAGUUGCCAUAUUCUCCCCAUAGCUGCUAGCGGCUAGCCUAUUCUCUGAUCUUGUCUUACAUCAAAGAACACGGAAGGAAAUGCUUCUCCCUGCUUUUCUCCUGCAACCGCUCCUCCUCGCAUGCUUCUUUUCAUCCUUUGUUCAUCCUAUGGAACCAAACACAUCAAGAUCUUGGCGGUGCGCCAAUAUGUCCAUUCCUUAUCCUUUUGGUAUUGCUGGCGAUGGCGGGAGCCCCUUCCUGUCCCAAGGCUUCCAGAUAUCAUGUGGCUCACGUCGAUCUGCUGCCUUGUCUGGUCCGUCGCUGCCCAUUGGGAACAGCGUGUUUGGGAUUCUUGACAUCUCAUUGCUGGAUGGUUUUGUGACCAUAGCAGCUAGUGCCAGCUCUCAGCAGUGCAAGGGGAACUCUAGCUUUACCCUUGAGGGUACCAUCUUCACAUACUCAGAUACAAGAAACAAGUUCACAGCUCUGGGUUGUAACGUGGUGGCCAUGCUGUUGAAUGGCAGUAGUGGUGGGUAUACCGGUGGCUGUGCUUCCUUUUGCUCUACCAAAGAUAAUAUCGUUAAUGGUUCGUGCUCUGGUGUGGCUUGCUGCCAAGCUCCGGUGCCGAAAGGGCUAAAGAAGAUGGAGCUAGAAUUCAGUAUUAUAUCCAACAAGUACAACAGCACUCCACCAUGUGGCGAGGCUUUCAUCGUGGAGCAGAACAAGUAUGUGUUUUCAAGUCUUGACUUGGAUAACAAGCCUCAAUACCGACCUGUUGUGCUUGAGUGGUCUAUAGAUGGUGGCAGCUGUGAAGAGGCAAAACAGUCCUCCACAUCGUAUGCCUGCCGGGAGAAUACCUACUGCUACAACUCACCAAAUGGAAUUGGUUACCGCUGCAAUUGCUCCGAUGGAUUUCAGGGGAACCCAUACCUGCCAGGGCCUGACGGUGGAUGCCAAGAUAUUGAUGAAUGCACCACCAGAAAUCCGUGCACACAUAAGUGCGUCAACACAAAACCUGGUUUCCACUGCAGGUGCCCCGCAGGGAUGAGCGGCGAUGGCUUCAAAGAGGGAAGUGGUUGCAAUGGAGUAGGCACGCUAACAAUUGCCGGAGUCACGGGACUAGCUCUGCUAGUGCUUCUCUUUAUUCUUGGUUUCUGGACCCAUUGGCUUGUUAAGAAGAGGAAACUUGCAAAGACAAAACAGAGAUACUUUAUGCAGAAUGGUGGCUUGUUGCUGAAGCAGCAGAUGUUUUCUGAGAGGGCACCGCUGCAUAUAUUCACCUCUAGUGAGCUUGACAAAGCAACCAGUAACUUCAGUGAUGACAAUAUUAUUGGCAGAGGGGGAUUUGGGACUGUGUACAAAGGCAUACUAUCCAACCAAGUGGUUGUGGCAAUCAAGAAGGCACAACGAGUUGAUCAGACCCAGAUGGAACAAUUCGUCAACGAGUUGAUCAUUCUUUCACAAGCGAACCACAAACAUGUGGUCCAACUAUUAGGAUGUUGUCUUGAGACUGAAGUUCCUUUAUUGGUUUAUGAGUUCAUUACCAAUGGGGCCCUUUUUCAUCAUCUACACAAUACAUCAUCCCCGAUGUCAUGGGAGAACCGUCUAAGCAUUGCAGUUGAAACUGCAUCGGCACUUGCAUACUUGCAUUUAGCUACAAAGAUGCCAAUAAUUCACAGAGAUGUCAAGUCAUCAAACAUACUUCUUGAUGAGAAUUUCACCGCAAAGGUGUCUGAUUUUGGUGCCUCAAGGCCAAUACCCUACAAUCAGACCCAUGUGACAACAUUAGUGCAAGGGACACUAGGGUACCUUGACCCUGAGUACUUCCAGACAAGCCAAUUGACUGAGAAGAGUGAUGUGUACAGUUUCGGUGUGGUACUUAUCGAGCUACUAACAAGGAAGAAACCUAUUAUGGAUGGUAUGAUGGAAGAUGUGAGAAGCCUAGUACUGCAAUUUAGUAUGUUAUUCCAUCAAAAUAAGUUGUUGGAGAUUGUUGAUCCUACAGUAGCCGAAGAGACUGGAAUGCGACAUAUUGAAACGAUAGCAAAGUUGGCGUUACGAUGCUUAAGGUUGAAAGGUGAAGAAAGACCAAGGAUGAUAGAGGUUGCAAUUGAACUUGAAGCACUGAGAAGGUUGAUGAAACAACAUUUUAUCAUGAAGAGCGAGUCUUUGCUUCACGAGUCAUGGUGCCAUGAAGAGAUGAGCAUUCAUGCACCAUCGAAUUUUUGCCUUGGCGAUGAUGACAUUCCUGAAGAUGAAAGCCAAGAGAUCAUUCUACUUCCAUCCAAUAGUCUCUCAGCCUAACUCAAUAACUGUCAAAAAAAGGAGGUUUUAGCUGAUUCUACCUUCUCAAUUGUUAAAUCAAUCUUAGUAAUCUCUACAUCUUGUGUUUAGCUUCCAACCUGGUUAAUGAAAUAUUUUAUACAUGUCCUUUUUUGUGAA